CAGUCGUGCAAAUCUCAGGGUGGUUCAGUCAGCCCCUAACGUCCGAAGCCUGUCCGAGCGAACGACGCCCACCUUACCAUAUCGCAACAUGUCCAACAUCAACAAGCCCGUACAACACGUCGAAGGGUUCUUCCCUUUGAACCAACCUGAAAUUGGUUCGCCAUAUUUGAAUCUUGAUGUCUUUCCUCAGAACAAAGGGCUUCCUGCUCUCUUCAAGCCUUUGACAAUCAAGGGCACGACAUUCAAGAACAGAAUCUUUGUUGCCCCUAUGUGUCAGUACAGCUCUGACAAUGGCCAUGCAACUGAUUGGCACUUAGUCCACAUCGGGGGCUUUGCCAGCCGCGGUGUUGCAGGGAUCGUGAUUGAGGCAACUGCAGUUCUGCCCGAAGGACGGAUAUCGCCCGAGGAUGCUGGCCUUUGGACAGACUCUCAAAUUGAGCCGCUAAAACGUCAGGUCAACUUUGCUCAUUCGCAAGGGGCAAAGAUCGGCAUUCAGCUAGCUCACGCAGGACGCAAAUCCUCUACGCUUGCUCCUUGGGUGAUAUCGAGCGCUGACGGAACGCACAAGGCGAACACUCAAGUGGCCUACAAGGAGGAGAACGGCUGGCCUGACGAAGUAUUCGGCCCGAGCGACAUCCCUUAUUCAGAAAGGACACCAAACCCGAAAGCUAUGACAGAAGCAGAUAUUAAGUCUGUGGAAGACGCUUUCGUGGCUGCUGUCGAACGGUGCAAGAAGAUCGGCUUUGACUUUAUUGAGAUCCACUCUGCCCACGGAUAUCUUUUCCAUAACUUCUUGUCACCCCUAUCCAACGAUCGGACUGACCAAUAUGGCGGACCUCUGGAGAACCGCAUGCGCUUCCCGCUUCAGACUCUGAAGAGGGUUAGCGAGGCUUGGGGAAAUAAGCCUCUAUUCGUACGCAUCAGUGCCUCGGACUGGGCUGAAGGUCCGGAACAAGCCGAGGAUGGUACCUGGAAGCAAUGGGGCAUUGAGCAAAGCAAAGUAUAUGUGGGCGAGCUACAUAAGCUUGGUGUAGACCUUGUCGACGCUAGUAGCGGCGGAAACUGGUCGAAACAGAAGAUCGACAUCAAGCAUGGUUACCAGGUCCACUUCUCUGAAGCUUUGAAGAAGGCCCACCCGAAAGUGACAAUCGGUGCAGUUGGUCUGCUGACCGACCCGAUCCAGACCAACUCGUACGUUCAGGAUGGGAAGACAGACGUGGUCUUCCUCGCAAGAGAGUUGAUGCGCAAUCCGCAUUGGCCAAUCAUUGCUGCGAAGGCUCUUGGAGCAGCAGUCAAGCCUGCAAAUCAGUACGAGAGAGCGUUCCCAGAAAUGCUGGCUCCUCCUAGGCACUGAUCGCGAGACAUGCCCACAUGUGGAACUUGAACAUCGAUAAUAAUUUUGGUAACUAUGAGCCGAUGAAUGCGACAAAUAGACAGACGUUUGAUUGCCUAGCAGAUCAUCACCGAGUCAGAAUGUCCUUUGCAUCUUGGUACUUUCGCUGCGUUUCCUUGAUGACCUCAGGGUCGAUAGACCACCCAUCGCCGUUUGGUCCGCUCUCGAGCCCCUUCUUGUAGCCUAUGCUCUUGAGAUAGUCACGGACGAACUGUUUAUCGAAGCUGGGUUGUGGCCCUCCUACUUUGUAGCGAUCAGCUGGCCAGUACCUCGAAGAGUCUGGUGUCAAGACUUCAUCGACAAGAAUGAGUUUCUCGGGGUUUGACGGAUCGGUGGACGGGACGAGACCAAACUCGAACUUCGUAUCUGCAAGUAGCAAGCCUCGUUCUGCUGCAUAGUCCGCAGCGGUCUGGUAUAGCUUAAGAGCCACUGAUUCGACCUGGUUAUAUCGAUCUUGACCAAGGAGUUUGGCAGCUUGCUCAGGACUGAUGUUCUCGUCGUGUUCGCCCUGCUCCGCCUUUGUUGAAGGAGUAAAGAUAGGUUCACCAAACUUCUGAGACUCCACCAUCCCUGGGGGCAGAGAUAUCCCAUGCACAGUACCGGUCUUCUGAUACUCGACCCAUGCAGAACCAGUGAGAUAUCCCCUUACUAUCGCCUCGAUCGGUAAAACCUUUGCUUUCCUUACGAGCAUGGUGCGACCCUCGAGCUGGUCGCGAUAUGCAUGUACUUCCUUUGGCAUAAGGUCAAUGUCGGCCGUGACAAGGUGACCUGGGAUGAUGUCCUCCAGGAGUUUGAACCAGAAGAUCGAGAUACCGGUCAGCAGCUUCCCUUUCUCAGGAAUGACAUCGCGGAGAAUGACAUCGAACACUGAGAUUCUGUCGGUUGCGACGAACAGGAGGUGAUCCGGAGACGACGUCGCGUAAAUAUCGCGGACUUUGCCUCUUGAAACUAGCGUUAGAGUCGGC